CACACAUCUCCCCCUCCCGUUCCCCCUUUUCGAAUCGAGCCCAACCGCAUCGUGCGUGCGCACCCCCCCACUCCCCCCUAGGGUUUCGUUCGAGGGUUCUCCGACGAUGUCGCUGCGGCCCAACGAGCGGGCCGAGGUGCGGCGCAGCCGUUACAAGGCGUCCGUCGAUGCGGAGGACGGGCGGCGCAGGCGGGAGGAUCAGAUGGUGGAGAUCCGGAAGAACCAGCGCGACGCCAACCUUCAGAAGAAGCGCCGCGACGGGUUCCCGGCCGGCGCCGCGUCCGCCGCCGGCGGCGCGCCGCAGAUGGGCCACUCCUCGGCUCUCCAGCAGAAGCUGGAGGGCUUGCCGGCGAUGGUGCAGGCGGUUCUCUCGGACGACAACACCGUGCAGCUCGAGGCCACCACCCAGUUCCGGAAGCUGCUCUCCAUCGAACGAAGCCCUCCAAUUGAGGAAGUGAUCAACACAGGCGUGGUGCCUCGCUUCAUUGAGUUCCUCACACGGGAGGACUAUCCCCAACUCCAGUUUGAGGCCGCAUGGGCGCUCACCAACAUCGCGUCAGGCACAUCAGACAACACCAAAGUGGUUGUUGAGUUCGGUGCUGUGCCCAUCUUUGUCAAGCUACUCAGCUCUCCUAGUGAGGAUGUCCGCGAACAGGCUGUUUGGGCUCUGGGGAAUGUUGCCGGUGACUCUCCAAAGUGCCGUGACCUUGUGCUUGGAAGUGGUGGACUGUACCCAUUGUUGCAGCAGCUCAAUGAGCAUGCCAAGCUCUCAAUGCUCAGGAAUGCCACAUGGACACUCUCCAACUUCUGCCGUGGGAAACCACAGCCAAACUUUGAACAGGUCAAACCGGCUCUCUCAGCACUGCAGCGCCUUAUCCACUCUCAGGACGAGGAGGUGCUCACUGAUGCCUGCUGGGCUCUCUCGUACCUGUCUGAUGGAACUAAUGACAAGAUCCAAUCUGUGAUUGAAUCUGGCGUUUUUCCUCGGCUUGUGGAGCUUCUCUUGCACCCUUCGGCUUCUGUUCUCAUUCCAGCUCUGCGCACGGUGGGUAACAUCGUCACUGGUGAUGAUUUGCAGACUCAGUGUGUCAUUGAUAACCAAGCGCUUCCCUGUCUCUUGAACCUCUUGACUACCAAUCACAAGAAAAGCAUCAAGAAAGAAGCAUGCUGGACUAUCUCAAACAUCACAGCUGGUAACCGGGACCAGAUUCAGGCUGUUAUCCAGGCAAACAUUAUUGGUCCUCUGGUCCAUCUCCUGCAAGGUGCUGAAUUUGACAUUAAGAAGGAGGCAGCUUGGGCAAUUUCAAAUGCCACUUCUGGUGGAACACAUGAUCAGAUUAAGUACCUUGUUGGCCAGGGUUGCAUCAAGCCGCUCUGUGAUCUGCUCAUUUGCCCGGAUCCCAGAAUUGUAACAGUUUGCUUGGAAGGUCUUGAGAACAUCUUGAAGGUUGGGGAGGCAGAAAAGAACCUUGGGGCAGGGGAUGUCAACAACUAUGCGCAGAUGAUUGAUGACGCAGAGGGACUGGAAAAGAUUGAGAACCUUCAGAGCCAUGACAACACAGAAAUAUAUGAGAAGGCAGUGAAGAUGCUUGAGUCCUACUGGUUGGAGGAGGAAGAUGAGGUCAUGCCCUCAGGUGACAAUGCCCAGAAUGGCUUCAACUUUGGAAGUCAGCAGAACUCUGUUCCGUCGGGUGGGUUCAACUUUGGCUGAAGAUACCCGGUUGGGCGGUGUACCUUAGCUACUUGCUUGGGACUAGUCAGAUUUGGGGGAGGUGUUUGUCGUUUGAGUCAUUGUUGGGUCCUGUCGGUCUGGUCUCAAGAAGUCGUCAAGUCAGUCUAAGCAGGGUCAGUCCUUGGGCUUGCAUCGUCAGUGGUGCAGCUUGGUCAACGGUCAGUCUUCAAGGUCAACCGGUCGGAUCAUUUGGGUUCUGCCUCACCCUGAGGGAGAGGACGUCCAGAGCCGCAUGUGUUGUCGGGAGAGUUGGGUUUUGCCUCCUAUAUAGCUUGAACCAAAUUUAUAUUGAUAUAUCUGUGUGAGGUAAAAAGAACCUUGAAAGAUAGGGUAUUCACGGUUGUCGGUUGUGUCGGUUUUUGUCAGAAGCGUUUGUGUGCUGUAUUAACUUGUCGAAAGAGUAUUGAGCACACCUUAUAAACAUCAAUAGCAACUGGGUUUUGGGAGUCCCAUGCUGGUCUAUUCGUUGGUUUGUUGUAUGUUCCACAGGUUUUGUCGUGUCAAGUCGUUUCUACACUCUGUUUGGAGAUUGUUCCACGUCUCUCUUUAGUGAAAGAGUAGUUGUAUCACCUAUUGUGGUGACGAGUUUGAGUAUAUGGUUGGAGAGCAGGGUUUAAGUUGGUUCCUACUUGUACUGGGAACCUGGUUUAGUGUUGUAUGAUUAUGGUCAUGGAACAUAGACGCAAAAGAAGAAAUUUCUUGGUUA